UUGCCAUGGCCUUCUUAGGUUAUUCUUGACACUGUCAAAGCACUGCUGUGCAGGAGAGAGUCUAGUCUGCACAGAGAAUCAGUUUAGAAAAACAUAAUGAAAAAUGUCAAUUAUUGCUUUUUUGGAGAGAAUGUGAAGACUUACCUUAGAGUAGUUGUACAACUGAAUUGUCCACAUAAGACUGUCAGUUGGAGACUCAUGUUCCUGAUGUUAGUAGUGUUCUACAAAGCAGGUGUUGACCUUUGAAACAUAAAGCAAUGACAUACCUGAAAAAUGGGUCUAAUAUUUUGGGAAAUGCUUGGGAAGGCAGAGACUGAAUUCGAAGUAACCUCCAUGCUUAUUAAGUGACAGAACUAUGAUACUGGCUCUUAUCUAAAAGCAAUUCUUGAGGCUUCCUGUUCCCAAAAGAAUAAAAUGGGAAGACAUUUUCAUUACUGAGGGAUUAACCAUCUUUCUGGAUGCACAUUACAGUUGUGUAGUAGUUGAUCUUGCUCUCAGAAGUCGUGAAUUUUAGUUUCCAUGUAUUAGCAAGUAUGUGUAUUAGUACUGGAGUAACUUAGGUAGCCAGGCCAUCUCUAAUAACUUAAAGCAGGGAUAGAUGGGCCAUGGUGAAGAAAUGACUUCUGGAAUGGUAUCUCUUCGUGGCAUUCUACCAUAAUUCCAGAUAUCCUUGGCCAUAUGGGGGGGAGAAGUGGGGGAGGACUAGCUGUAUGAUAGCAGCUGUGACAUGCUCCAAAAGCCAUGCAUAGUUGACAUCUGUACCUGUGUCUGGAAACACCUGCAGCACCAUUAUUUCCAGCUCAUGGCAGAACGACUCUUUGGACUUGUGUGUAAAUGUUCUAAGCAAUUUAUAUUAAUUUAGUGCUUAACCCUGCUGAACUGACUAUUCUACUACUUAGGAGGAAGUGGAUAAUAUAAUAAAAGGCACCUCGUUACAGAGAUGGCCUAAUAGAUGGAGAGAUAAAUAGGUAAUGGACCAUAUACCAGAAGCUCGUAAUAGCUUGCAUGUAUCCCUAGAGAGUAAAUUGAAGCAAGUGCCACUUAUUGGGAGUAUUUGUACCUUUACAUCCUUUUCUCGUUUACUGUAGUUUUGUUGGCUUCCUACCUUACAGCUCUUUUCAAGAAUGAAGCUAUUUGAGUUGUGCUGUAGUUUCUGUUUAGUAGCGUAGGGCAGAUAGUAGUAGGUGGCUGUUUUUGAUGCAGACAAUACAAAGAGGAUGAAGCACAUAUAUAUUCCCUGUUGUAAUUAGUAGCUAGUUUAGAGCUACUUACUGAGAAGGCUUGAUUUUGCACAAAAACAGGCUGUAAUUUUAAGAAAUUUACUUAUUUUAAGGCCUUUUUCUCUCUCCUUCUGUCUCUGGAGUAUAUUCUUGAAUUCUGUCUGUUUGGGUGGAGUAAUUCCAGAAGAUUGUAUGGCAAAAGGUAUGAUAGAAUUCAGAUUUUCAUCAAUAAAAUGGGCAUUAGUCUGGUUGAUGACAUGGGGUUUGGGGAGGAAAUCUAUUCUCAAGUCAGAUGUGUUACUAAACUUUCUUCUGCAGCAGUCAGAGGUGAUAUCCUGUGCAAAUAGUUGCUAGCAUGGGUUGGAAGAAGCAGUUAAGGGACUGUAUGGAGACUUAGCAGAUGUUGUCUGCGUUUAGGUAGACGUUGCUGAGCCUACUGAGGCUGUGUAACAUCUGCAAGUAGAGGUAGUUCUCAGACUGCAAUCUUCAGUAGGCAGUAUUUCUUUUUUCCAUGGUGAAAUAGGUUUGCUCUCUUAGUAAUGAAAAUGUCAGUAGCAGUUCUAGUUUUGAUGCUCUGGGGGGCUUGGUGUGGAAAUCAAGUAAACUGAACACAAAGAUUGCAAAUGUUUGCAGGCAUUGCCAGCAGGCUGUGGAAUUUUUUUCUUGGCUGUCAUAGUAAGCCCUUUGAACUACAUGAAAUGCAGAGGCCCAUGAUGGUCCUAUAAGCAAAUUGUUUGAAAUGGUAACACAUAAAACGAUGUUUUUUAUAUAAACUAAGCUACAAGUAAAGAUGAGUGUUUGUAGCAUAAAAAUACCAGGCUGAAUGCUCAGCAAAAGACUUUUGUCCUAGUUUACCUUCAUUCAUGGACUCCCUUGUGCCUUAGUGUCAGUGAUACAGUCAGACAACUCCCUUUCUCCCUUGACAAGUGCAUCAAAUGAAUGCCUGCAAUCUGGAAAGUCAGUAGAUGCCAUCUGGUCAAGUGCUAAUGAGGCUGAUGGAAUACUGAUGUCAAAUGUUACCUUAACCUAAAGGAGCCUCCAAAUGAGAUGAUGCUAGACUUUCCCUGUACCUUUCAUGUGCUGUCACAUUUGAACUCUGAAAGCAUGAUUCCUCAGGAGUUAAUUAUUGGUCCUUGUGAAAAAGUGAUGAGGCAUUCUGUAUGAAGGCCUGUGCAGCAAUUGUAUGUAGACAGUGUCAAUGUGGAGAGACAGAUUGCAUACUAAUAAGUAUAGAAAAACAGAUUCUUGCCUAGAGUAGCCCAAUCAAGCAAAAUGAGAAACAAAGACGCUGUGCUGUUAGGUGUUCUUAACUCUUGAACCUGAUAAGACUUUCCAUUUGAAUUUUGCUGAUGUCCUCAAAUAUUUUUAUCUGUAAGGAAAGUUUCUCCUGGUUGAUGUCCAUUGGAAUAGGUAUAUAGAUGUGUUACUGGUCUAGUGUGGACUGUGCUUGAAGUGCUUGACUUAUUGAUGUGUUACUUUAAUGCAUGAUAACACAUCUUAUAAGUCCCUCUUGAGUGUAAGUAGGGGUAUCUGGCAAGUGGGACACCUACAGCUCAGUCAGGUGCUCAGAUCCCCAUUCAGCCUGACCUUAGGUGUCUCCAGUUGUGGGGCAUCCACCAUUGCUCUGGGCAACCUGUGCCAGUGUAUUGCAAACAGUACCGCCCACACAGUGCCUCACUGCCCUUGUAAAACAAACAAACAAACAAAAAAAACCCUUCUUCCUUAUAUCCAAUCUAAAUCUCCCUCCUUCAGUUUGAAAGCAUUUCCCCUUGUCCUGCCUCAGCAGACCCUGAUAAAGAGUCCAUCCCCUUCUUUCUUACAGUCCUCCUUUAGGUACUGAAAGGCCACUCUCAGAUCACCUCAAAGCCUUCUCUUCUCCAGACUGAACAACCCCAGCUCUCUCAGCCUUCAAACAGUGUUAAAAGAAAUAUGUUUUCAGUGUUAAAAGAAAUAUGAAAAUGUUGCUCUUGUGUUAUGCACUUCAAGAAUCUUUUUCCUGUGCCUGUACAUUUCCUAAAACUUCUAAGCAGGAAGCUUUAGUCUAAUUUUGAGUUGCAUCUGAAAGCCAGAGCAAUACCAAAAAAAAACUCCCCUAGACUGUCUUUGAUCUUCUGUGGUAUGGGCUUUCUAGUUUCUAUAGCUGUAUCAAAUGAUAGGAAAAAAAAACUUGAUAAUGGAAAGUCGUACAGUCACAGAAAAAGAAGCAUUAUGGCUAGACUAGGGGAGUGUGAGUCUCUUUCCACUAGACAAGCUUGACUGCAGCAUCGAUCAGUGCAAAUCAUUGAUCUUUUUGUAAGUGGUUUUGCUAUGCUUCUUAUUGCUGCCCUUGAGUGUGUGUGCAAAAAGUUAUCCCCUACAGAAAAUUGCAUGUACUUGAUCUUAUUUGUUGUGAUCAAGAGGAGAAAGUCUUUGGCUUUGUUUCUGAAUGCAGGUGCAGAUACUGCGUCUUCCAGCCAUCAGUUUCUUCUAUUCCUUCUUUCUUUUUUUCAGGAAAAUCAUUCUUAAGCUUACCACAGUGUUGCUGCUGUGGGGUGUUGUUAAAUAGUUAAUAGCUAAUGGGCCACGUAAUGUUACCAGCUUGGAUUUCUGUGUUGAUGUAGAAUCAUAGAAUUGUUCGAGUUGAAAGUGACCUUUAAAGUCCAUCUAGUCCAACCCCCCUGCAAUGAACAGGGAUACUACGGCUAAAUCCAGUUGCUCAGAGCCAUGUCCAGCCUGACUUUGAAUGUCUCUGGGAAUGGGACAUCCACCACCUCUCAGAGAACCUGUUCCAGUGCUUCACUACACUUACUUUAAAAAACAAAAAACAAGCAAACAAAAAACAAGGAAAAAAAACCCCACAGCUCGGGAGAUGUUUCAUGUCUUGGAUCAUUUUUGUGCCCUUCCUCUGGAUGCUAUCUAGCGGAUCCACAUUUCUCCUGUACUGAUGAUUCCACGUCUGGACAUAGUACUCCAGGUGAGGUCUCAACAGCACAGAGAGGCAGGAUCACAUUCUUCAACCUUCUGAUCACACUUCUUUUGAUGCAGCCCAGGAAACGAUUGGCUUUCUGGUCUAUGAGGUCGUAUUGCUGGCUCAUAUCCAGCUUGCCACCCACCAGUACCCCCAGGUCCUUUUUGGGCUGUGCUCAAUCCUUUUGUUUGCAGCUUUUACUGAUGGUAGAGUUGUUAUGACCCAGAUGCAAGACCUUUCCACGUGGAUUUGUUGAACUUCAUGAGGUUCUGGGCCUGCUACUCAAGCCUGUUUAGGUCUGGAUAGUAUCCUAUCUCUCAGGCAUGUUGACCACACCGUAUAGCUUGUAUCAUCUGCAGACUUACUGAGAAUGUGCUUGAUCUCAAUAUUGAUGUAGCUGAUGAAGAUAUUAAAGAACAUCUGUCCAAGUACUGAUCCCUGAUGGAUACCACUUGUUCCUUAUCUCCAUCUGGACACUGAGCUAUUGACCAUCACCCUGAGUGCAGUGUUGCAGCCAGUUCCUCAUCCAUCAAACAGUCCACUCAUCAAAUCCAUGUAUUUCCAAUUUGGAGACAGGGAUGCUGUGGGGGACCAUGUUAAAGGCCUUACAGAAGUUUGGGUAGAUGACAUCAGUGGCUCUUCCCCUGUCCACUGAUGCUGUUACGCCAUUGUGGAAGGCCACUAGCUUGAUCAGGGAUAACUUGCCCUUGGAGCCAUGCUUGUUGUCUUUGAUCACCUUCAAGUUUUGUCUCUAAGCAUAACUUCCAGGAGAAUCUGUUCAGUCAUCUUCCCAGACACCAAGCUGAGGCUGACAGGUAGUUCCCUGGGUCGUACUUUCUACCAUUCUUAAAAUUGGGUGCAGUAUUGCAUAUUUUCUUGUCACCAGGGACUUUACCUGACUGCCAUAACCUUUCAAAUAUCAUCAAGAGUGGUUUGGCAACUACAUCAGCCUGUUCCCUCAGGGCUGUAAGAUGCAUCUCACUGGGACCAGUAGAUGUAUGGAUGUUCAGAUCCCUCUGGUGAUCAUGAACUUGGUCUUUGCUUACAUUUUUGGUUUGGAUGUGAUCUCUUCCUGGACAGACAAAAAUAAAAGUAGAGCCAGGCAUUGGAGAGAUUCUUUCAAAUUAAGAGACAGGGAAUAACAAAAUGCAGUCAUAUUGCAACUUCUAGAGUGAAUGCUGCUUAGAAAGCUAGAUCUUACACUGCUGUAUUAAAAAAAAAAAAAAAACAAAAAUGUCCUGCAUUGCUGCUUUUGUGGUGAACUUUCCCACCUACAUCUGAUAUGCUAUCAGAAAAGACAUUAAGGAUGAUGGUUCCUCUUUUUCCUGUUCAUCAGACUAAAGUGGUUGUGUCUGCCCUUUCUGGCUCCAUUAAUGGAAUGAGGUACAUAUGGAUAUCUUCAUAGAGGCAGGAUCACAGACUUUUUUCCCCCCAUUUUUACAUGUAAUAAAAUUAUUUCUUAUUUUCUUAGCUGAAUGAUUAUUAGGUGAAGCCAAAGGAAAAGGGAAGCAACACUUUGCAGUAAGGAACAAAAAAAGGGAGUCCACACAGCACUCUGAUGUGAAGAUCUGUACCAUGGAAAGUGGAUCUACUGCAUUUUCUUGCCUGUUUUUGGAGUUUGCCUUGGGAGGCUUACCAAGGGCUGGUUAGCAAGGCUGCUCAUAUUUUCAAGAAGUGGAACUGUAUUUCUGACACAACUUGUGAUGCACUUUAAAUCCAGCAAUUGAAUUUGAAUUUUUAACUUUUUAUUAAAGAGUUUGGGUAUUGGCAAUUUUCAUCCUUUAAAAAUCUGCACUAGAAUGUCACUUGUCUUGUUUGAGCAGGAGUUGAACAAGAGCACCUCUAGAGAUCUGCUCCAUUCUCAGCUGUUCUGUGAUUCUUUGACACUCUUGGGUGUUUUACCAAACUGAGGAGAGAAUUCUAGGCCUUUGUCUUUCCAAAACAAUAUUUUCAAGUGGAUACCGUAUUUUUCAAUGAAUAUUAUAUUUAAUCCUCUUACAGAUAGGGAUAAUGCAAUUUCUCUGUGGAGAGAGCAGAAGAAUCUGCCUGAAGGCUCAGAGAAUGUAUAAAUGCAUUUUUCCCUGUUGUUUCAAGAAAAAAAAAAAGCUUUUGUUUUUUGUUUGUUUGAACUAUUUCAAUCCAAAUAUUCUCAUAUUUGGAUUCUCAUAUUCUGUGUCAGCAUGGUGUAUAACCUGAUUUUGGAAGCUGAGUGAACGUCUGUUGUGGACUGAGCAGAGAUAGCUGAUCUAGGUUGCAUGCAUUUCUUAUAUACACAAGCCUCAGGGUUGUCCCUCCACCAGCAAGGGUGGCUGCAGGCUGGCCUAUUUAUGUUUGCUCAGUUGCCAACAGCUACUGAGACUUAAUGAGGCCUAAUAGCCGUUGUUGGUUUGGCUAAGCUAUGGAAAGGGACAGAGCUAGAUGGAGAAGAUGGAAGGUGAACACUUAAGCUGCUCUGGCAUAGCCUGGGAAGCAGCACCCCAAUCUGCCCAUAGCAGUCCAGCUCAGGUGAGGUCCUAGAAUGGCUGUGCAGCCUCCCGUCACAUCUCUGUGGCUGUGGGAUGCUAUUGUCCAGCAGUAAGAGGAACACACCUCUUUUAUUCUCCUAGUUAAAACAAUACACUUAUUUUCUCAUUUUUUUUUUAACAAAUACGCUUCCAUUACAUCUGCAGUGUUUGGCCUUCACUUUUGAACUCUGGGCAUUUACAUUUAUUCUUCAGUUCUCUUUGCUUAGUGUUUAAUUCUACCUUUUCUGAGGUAGAAUUAGAAGGUUCUAAACCUUCCCUGAAAUGGCACUUUCUCCCUUGAACUCUGUUUCUGGCCUCAGUUAUUUGCCUGUUUAUAUAGGGAGAGUAGAUAUGUAUGUAAAUAGCUGUUGCUUUGCCAUCGUAAUAUGAUCUUCAAAGGCUUGGACUGCAGUCACUUGGCUGCAUUCUUUACAUCAAACGUUUCUCUCAGCAAGCUGCUGCCAACAGAGUGCUGCAAGGGCCCAGUCCUGGUUAUUGCCUUCUGAUCCUACUCAACUAACAGUGCUUGUACACAUGAAACUGCUUUCAAGUUAGAGUUGUGCAAUGCUUAUGCAGUUAUGUUCGUUCCAUGAUUUUCUCAUUUUUAUUGAUGUCAUCUGGAAGUGAGCAUCAGCUCUUAACACCUUGUGACUGGUGUUGUUAAAAUCCAGAAGCUGAUAGUGAUGAAGGAAAGUUAGCCAGGUUCCAGCCCCAACUGACAACAGAGUGGUGUAGGAAAGGCUCUGCCCUUACUAUGGCAAUUCCUGAAUGGGCAGCAGUGCUACCUCUGCACUGCUGUGACAGCUGCAGCACUGCUGUCUUGUUUGUACCCUUGCUGCCUGUUAAUCUACAGGCUUCAUGGAGGUGGGGAUUUGCUGGUUGAACAAAUUUUCUUCUCCAGAAGAGCAAGGGAUUGCUUUGCCAGUAGAACUCUUCCCUCAUCAACAAAGUUGCUUUGCUGUGAGGUGGUGGAGCUUGAAAUGGGAGCCCUGGUGGGAAGGAAGCUGCAUACUCAGGGCUAGGAGAAGAGUGCUGGGAGGGGUCUUCUAUGGGAGAGGGGGAGAAGUAUAUCAACUGGGGUUGCAAAGUGCACCACAACCACCUGUAGCAAAAUCUACAAUGGAGAGGACCUGUAACUCCUUGAGAACAAAUCAGAAGGCCAACAAACACACACACAUAAUGCUAUCACAGCUUUCUCCGGUUCCACAUUUCAAAAUCUUUCUGAUGUUAUGAUUUCUAUUUUGGGGAAUGUAUGAGAUGGUUCAGCUGAUUAAGAGGAAAAAGUAGUACAAAUGUUUAGAAGCUAUAAUGAAGGAUUUCUGGGUUUUUUUCCUCCUUUUUGCACUAAUACCAAGUGAUAUCAAAAGGUAUUCUUAAAAAAAACAAUGUGGGUAACAAUGUUAAUGUUGUGGAGUGUUGAGUGGGCUCUGGAAGUUUCAUGUUUUUUACUCAACAAGUCAAGGAUGCUACAUCCAACUGCAAAAAUAGGGAGAGUGUCAGUAAGGAAAAUAUGUUAAUUAUCUACAUAACAUGAUCAUAUUCAGUGCUGCACACUGUGUGUUUUUACUAUCAGUUGUUAGGAAUUAAGCAAAGGAGGGAAAGUACUGUAAAAGCGCAGUGUGCAUGCAUAACUUAGAGCUGAAUAGAUCUAAAUGGUUAAAAAGGGGUUCUCUGCUAGAGAGGAGGAGGGGAGAGUAAGAGUGCAUUCCCAAAAAAGUACAUUCCCAAAAUAAAAAGCUUACAUCAUGGACCUCUUCAGCUUUCCCACACUUCUUUCCUAAUUAUUGUCCUGCAGGACAGCUGAUCUAUUUCAAACAGGAAGCUGUUUACAGAUAACACUUGCAACUGUGUUGUCUGAUUUGUUGAACUGUCGAAAAGCAAAAGACAACCUCUUUCAAAUUAAAAACUGUCAGACUUCUGUAAACAGCAGCAAUGAGGUUCAUCUGUGCAGUGUCCCUGCAGGCACAGAGUGUUCUGCAGUUUUCUCAGCAACCGUAAGGAGUCAGUGACCUGUAAGUGCUCAUUAUGAAGACAGAUCUGGUUUUCUUGGUGACUCUAAUUAGCCUUGCCUUCCUGUCACUGCUAAGGUCUGGAUAUCCUCAACAUAUUGCAGAGGAGUCCUGCUCUGUUCAGAUUCUUGUCCCAGGCCUCAAAGGGGAGGCCGGAGAAAAGGGGGAGAAAGGUGCUCCGGGUCGUCCAGGUAGAGUUGGCCCUCCAGGAGAAAAAGGAGAAAUGGGAGACAAAGGACAGAAAGGCAGCAUGGGACGGCAUGGAAAAAUUGGUCCUAUUGGUUCAAAAGGUGAAAAGGGAGAUAAUGGUGACAUAGGACCACCAGGUCCUAAUGGUGACCCAGGCAUCCCCUGUGAGUGUAGCCAGCUAAGGAAGGCUAUUGGUGAAAUGGAUAUCCAAGUGGCCCAGCUGACGACAGAACUAAAAUUCAUAAAAAAUGCACUGCCCUCCCCCGCAGCUGUUGCUGGUGUGCGUGAGACAGAUAAUAAGAUUUAUCUGCUGGUGAAGGAAGAAAAAAGAUACAAGGAAGCCCAGCUCUACUGCCAUGGAAGAGGAGGGACGCUGAGCAUGCCCAAGGAUGAGAAUGCCAACAAUCUGAUUGCCUCGUACAUCAACCAAGCUGGGCUCACCAGAGUUUUCAUUGGGAUUAACGACCUAGAGAAAGAGGGAAAUUUUGUCUAUUCUGACCGGUCACCCAUGCAGACCUUCAACAAGUGGCGCAGUGGGGAGCCCAACAAUGCCUACGAUGAGGAGGACUGUGUGGAGAUGGUGGCAUCUGGAGGGUGGAAUGACGUUGCAUGUCAUAUUACCAUGUAUUUUGUGUGUGAAUUCGAUAAAGAAAACGUGUAAGCUUGCUGGCUCUUUAUUUUAAGAAAAGUUUUUAAGCAGGUUGUAUAAGUUAGCCCAUGUUUAUAGAGUACAAGUAAUAUUUUACACAUAUGUGACAUCAGUGUUGUACAGCUGUAAAUACAAUUUAGGUAUUUCAAAUAUCGAUAUUUACCCUUCAGAAGGGAAGAGCACUGAUGAGUAAGAUAUAGAUUGGUUUUUUUCUGUAGAAGAGCGUAUGUAUUUAGAGAAAACUGUAGUCUGGGGCUAAAUUCUGCCCUCAAAGCAUUUAACACGUGUGAUGGUGUGAAUUUGGCCUCUAGUUUUCAGAGUGAUCAUUUCUGAAGAAAUAGAUUCUUAAUAUUCUUUUACCUUAGCAAAUUUAAUAGUUAUAGAUGUUAAUUGCUUGUAGCACUACAGGGAUACUCCAGCAAGAAGACAAAUAAUUUGCAUACUCCAGUUAAUUAGCACAAAUAUUACUAUUUUUUUGGGAUGUAAAGGUGUUACAACUCUUUUUUUUUUUUUUUUUUUUUUUUUUUUUUUUUAAGUAGCCAAGCCUAGUCAACAAAUUAAGAGUCCUGCCAAUUUUGUACAGUUUCUUUAUUAAAAUAUUCACAGAUAUAUCAUGAGAAGGCCCUUCAGUAAACAGUUUUAGUGCUGGCGGAGGAUUAACUUCAUGUAAUUCAGUACAGAAAGAGGGAUCCAUGCCAGAUGAGUGCUUUGGGAUUGGGUAAAGGUAAAAGAUUUUGGUUUUCUGCUAUCUUUAGUUGAAAAUGAUUCCGUGAAUGAACUGUUUAAGGCCUCAAACAAUUAUUUUUUUUAAAGUGUUUCUCAUUUGUUAAAGAUGAUCCUGGUACAUCAUGUUACAAAACAAACAAAAUACUGACCCUUCACUGUUUAAGGCAAAUUACAUUAGUGGACAACAAAUCUCAUAGAAGUGGUUUAGCUAAUUGUUUUGGCAGGAAAAAAGCCUAUAUAGUGACUCAGAUUGAGAGAGUGACCUCCUGAAAAGCAGCAAAAUUGUCCAAAAUUCUCCUGUUUAUGUAUAUAGCAAUAAUGUGAUUUUGCACAAAUAAUUUAUGUACUCAAUUGCGUAUGAUGGAAAAUGUGAUGUAUAUUUUAAGAAGUCAGCAACAUAAUUUCACAAAGGAAAUGAAUUACUUUGGAUCUUCCUAGGAGCCAGUUGCAUGACAUCUUAUUCUCACUGUUAGGCAUAGAAAAACUACAAAAUCUCAGACCGUUUUUUUUUUUCCAGGAAUACCCUACACAAUGUUUUAUGCUGUUUUUUAAGGAGAAAUGUUCCUUUGUAUAACAUAGCAAUCAGUAUAUUUAUCUGAUAAUUAUGGGAGAUUGGUCUACAAAGUAUCCAAAUUGGAUCUGGCUUGUGGUUCCACAGCAAGACAUGACCAACUGAAAUCAACGCUAAAGUGCCGUGAUACAUAACCAGCAGUCAGACAAUUCUGUUCAUAUCCACAGUCUAACAACAUUUGGUGUGAUACUAUUAUUAAAUACCUAAUAAACUAUUUUGUUUGAUAUA